GAAGAAGAAGAAAAAGAAGAAGUAGUAGCUAAGUGUAGAAAGAAUAAGAAAGGAAGGAGGAAGAGGAAGAUGAUAAAAGGACAAGAAAAAUAGCUUGUUAUUGUUAUCAUUUAUUUAUUUAUUUGGCGUGACAUAUUGAGACAGGAAAGAACACACAAAGGAACACAAACGAAGAACGAGAAGAAACGGCAGCAGACUUCUUGGCCCAUUAUUACCAAGAUAUACAGACACACAGACGUACAGACAGACAGCCAGACAGUUGCGUUGUGUUAGCGGUAAAGGAAAGAAACAAAGUGAAGUGACAAAUAGUGACAAGUGAGGAGUGAAAGAUUAGGUGAAGCAAAACUUGAAUAAAACAGAUAAAGUGAUAAGUUACAAACACAACCCCCCCUCUCUCUCUCUCUCUCUCUCUCUCUCUCUCUCUCUCUCUCUCUCUCUCUCUCUCUCUCUCUCUCUCUCCCCAAACAUCACUAAACUUCUCAAACACUCCCUAACUCUCCCUCUUCCUCUCCCUUCCACAUCCUUCUUUCCUCUCCCUCCCUUCUCUCCCUGCUCUUCACCUCAAACCUCCCACUCCCCUCCCCCCCACCGCGCCGCGUGAGUUAUGAGUGUGGAGGCGCCCCUGCCGUGCGGGGGUGAAGGGGCGGCCGACCCCCGCUACAGGCAGACAGACAGAGGGCGGGGACGUGUGCUGCGGCCACAGAUGAGCGCUCAGGAGAGCAUGGUGGGCGGCGGGGAGCGUGAGGGCGUGGUGGUGCUGGGUCCCGCGGUGCUGCGCCGCGCCACGUCGCUCAAGGAGGGGGAGCGCCGCGUCUCCAGGAGGAAAAACCGGCACUCUGUGGCUUUCACCGACGCCCCGGACAAUUAUUACGGCCGUGAACGAGUGCGCGCGCGCCUCUCCAGGUCAGGCGGCUCCCUCAGCACCACACACGAGGACGAACACUCUCCCCCACCCUCUCCUGACGGCGAACCCAGCCACAGCCAGGACCAGGGCCAGGGCACCAUCGCGCGCGGCCUGGCCAGGGUGCGCAGCCUCAGCUGGGGCAGAGAGCCCGGCGGCGGCGGAGGCGGAGGCGGGCCGCCCUUCGUGCAAUACUGCGACGAGGAAGGCGCCUGGAGGAGGAGAUCCCUGGCCAGGGGCGUGUCCCGCUGUGACCCGUGUGACCACUGCUUCAAGGUGAUGCUGAUUGGUGACUCUUGCGUGGGGAAGACCUGCCUGCUCACCAGAUUCAAAGAUGGCGCCUUUCUCUCCGGCACCUUCAUCUCCACCGUGGGCAUUGACUUCAGGAACAAGGUGGUGACGGUGGACGGGUCAAAGGUGAAGCUGCAGAUCUGGGACACGGCAGGACAGGAGCGCUUCAGGAGUGUCACCCACGCCUACUACAGAGACGCUCACGCCCUGCUUCUGCUGUACGACGUGAUGAACAAGAACAGCUACGACAACACGCGGGCCUGGCUGGCGGAGGUCCACGAGUACGCCCAGGACGAUGUGGUCAUAAUGCUCAUAGGCAACAAGUGUGAUGUGAAUGGAGACAGGGUGGUGAGGAGAGAGGAUGGGGAGAGGCUGGCCAGGGAGUACAAUGUGGCCUUCAUGGAAACCUCCGCCAAAACUGGACUAAAUGUUGACCUGGCUUUCCUUGCUGUGGCCAGGCAGCUGAAGGCAAGGAAGUCCACUAAUCCUAACGAGAGGCGAUUCAAUGUGGCGGAGUACGUGCGACAGGAGGCAAAGACUGAAGGAUGUGCCUGCAAUGUUGGCUAGUAGGAUCCUACAGGACUCCACUAGGACUCCUCCCACAUUCCCAGGACAUACCAGAAGGACUCUACCAUCUCCUGAUGAAGCGUGAGGCUACUUAGGACUACCAGGACCCCCACAUGAAGAUUGCAAACUAGUGAAGGAUUUUUGCAAGGACUUUUAAGGAUGUGUGUUGUGUGAGAGUGGUGUAGGACUCUCUCAAAGGACUUAUGAGGGUCCUAUAUAGCUUGGUGAUGGGUCCUAUACUGUGCUGAAGGACUUGCUUAACCUCUGAAGGACUCCAAGGAUAUAUACAAAGGUCCUAAAGGUUUGGUGAAGGACCUUAAGUUUUGUGAAAGACAUGGACUUGUGACCUUCUGAUAAGGAAUCCUAUGCUAUGUGAAGGAUGUGUAUUGCCAUAUAGGAUAUCUUAGGAUCUCUGAAGGACUCUGGGAACACAUCUUAAGGAUUAUCAAGUUUUUAAAGGAUAUUUGAUAUUUGAAAAGGAUAUAUUCUGACCUGUAGGAUGUUUUAGGAUCAUUGUGGGACUCCUGGAUGCAUAUUAAUGACUAGAAUGGAAGUCCUAUGCCAGAGAUAUCUGAAGUAUGUAAAGGAUGUAUUCUGAGGUGUAGGAUCACUUAGGAUAUGUGUAGGACUCUUGAACACAAUUGAGGGACUAUCACUGAGGUUGCAGGGACAAAAAGGAUGUGUAGGACUUUUGAUGCACUCCAGAAAUACACUGUAGGAUAUCUGAAGGAUGUGAGGAGUAAGAGAAAAGGGACACGAGGAAGACUAUGAAGGAUAUUUGAAGGAUUGUGUGUGUUAGGAGAAGGAUACUGGCAGGUGGUGAAGAAGAGAAGGAAGGAUUGUGGGUAAUGAUCUUAAUUCUGACACACAAGUUUAGAAGGACUUUUUAGCCUGUAAAAAUGAAGGAUGUUGUAGAAAGUGUGUGUGUGUGUGUGUGUGUGUGUGUGUGUGUGUGUGUGUGUGUGUGUGUGUGUGUGUGUGUGUGUGUGUGUGUGUGUAUUUGAAAAGAUUUGGAGAGCAUCUUUUCCCUAUUUAUUUUCUAAGCAGGAGAGAGAAAGAGAGAGAGUAUUGGGACCAGAAUAAAAUAACAAUCAUGUAGAAGAAAUAGAGAAAAAGAGUAUUAUUAGAAAAAUCACUUUAGAAUA